AUGCAGCGCCGCAAGCCGUUCUUCCGCUUCCCCUUUUUCUCAAAGUUCCUCUCGGUCGACGCCGCGGAGGAGGACUUCGGCGCGGCGCGCGAGCAGAAGGCGCCGGGGGCCGGCCGACUGCCGCACGCGCGGCGGAAGAGCUGUCCAGCGGUGGACGCGCCUUCCGCUCUGGAUCUGAGUGCCGAGGCCUCGCCGGCGCUCUUCCACGCGGCGGCGGCGGCGCUGUCAGUCCUCCCGCCACCCUCCGCAGCCCUUGCCGCCUCCGCGCCCGCCGCAGACUUCAACAACGGCGAGGGCUCCCCCUCGACGAGUGCGCCUGCCGAGAGCGCGAGGCCUGGCGCUGCUCCCGCCGCGGGCGAGGGCGAGGGCGCGCUCGCCGCGCCGAGCGCCUCCUUUGGGGCGGGAGGCGGCAAGGCGGCAGAGGCGGCUGAGGCGGCUGAGGCGGGCGGUCCGCCCGACGACAAGGCGGAGAAGGCGUCAGGCGCGCCAGUCCCGAAGAAGUCAGACCUGAAGAAGGCGUUCCUUUCGUGCGCGUUGCUGGGCAGAGGCUCGUCGACCUCGCGCUCGCCCGCGCCGUCGCCGCAGCAUGAGGAGGAGGAGGAGGCGAAGGAGCGGCGGGAGCAGAGUGACGGGUUCUAUCCUGGGCUGGCUGGCGGCUGGGGCGUCGCAGAGGGCAUCGAAGAGAAGUUCCUGGGCGACUACGAAGUCCUCGGCGAAAUCGCUCUGAAGAAAAAAUCCAGUCUCUGGCUGUGCAAACGCCGCGCGGAUCUGCCUCUCCCCGCGCCGUCGCCGGCGCCCGCGACCUCGCCCCUCGCGGAGGCGCCGCUCGGCGACCCGCAGGCGAGCGCGGGGGAGGAAGGCGAGCAGAAGGAGGAAGCGAAGAAGACCGACGCGCAGGGCGAAGGCGAGGAGGCGGCCGUCGCGGGCGAGCGCAGCGGCGAGCCAUCCCGCGCCGCGGCCUCUGCUGGGAACGCCUCUUCUCCGCCGGCGGUCGCUGAGGCGGGGUCGGCGUCGUCUUCGCCUGUGAAGCUGUUUGCGAUUAAGGAGAUUCAGAAGUCGUUGGUGGUUACGCAGAAGCAGGCGGAGCAUCUGUGGAACGAGCGGACGUUGCUGGAGGAGAUCUCGCGCUUUCCCGAAGUGCAGUGCAGCGUGCACAGACUGCACGAGACGUUCAAGUCGCCCUCCUCGCUCUUUUUCGUCUUCGAGGCAGUUCUCGGCGGGCCGCUGCACAGGCACGUUCGCUUCGAGGGCGGCUUCCACGUCGACCGCGUGCGCUGGUAUUCUGCGGAGCUCGUCCUCAUCCUCGAGGCGCUGCACAGCCACGACAUUCUGUACCGCGACCUGCAGGCCUCCAACGUGAUGCUCGCCGACGACGGUCGCAUCAAGCUCGUCGACUUCGGCCUCGCCAAGCGGCUCUCCAUCGCCGCGGAGGGCGCCGAGGGCACGGCGGAGUCCGCCGCGCUGCCGCCGCUUCUCAAGCGGACGCACUCGUACUGUGGGACACUCCACGCCAUGGCGCCAGAGGUCAUCGCCCAGGCGCAUCACCAUCACCACGGCGCCGCGGCGCCUCCCAGUCGUCCGGCGCACGCCGUGCAUGCGGCCUCGGCCUCCUCGCCCUCCUCGCCCACGCGCCGCGAGGAGAGCCGCUUCAGCAAGAUGCUCGCCUUCCCCGCCAUGGGGCGAUCUGAUCACUCGCAUCACUCUCAUCACUCGCACCACUCUCAUCACGCGCCGUGUGCGUUUGGCGGUUCAGUGAGCGCAAGCGGCUCGGCGGGGGGCGGGCGCUUGCCUUCGAGUGCGGCGCCUGCGCGGCCUACGCCCUCGAGCUCUUCGUACGUCCACGCGCGCGAGUUCAGCGGCGGGCGCGCGAGUCGACCGCCCCUGGCGGCGCGCCGAAGCGGCGGAGGGGGGAGUCGGACCCGCGCGCAGAGCCACGACGUGGAACCCCGCGCGCCGCGCCGCGAGGACUUCCGGAAGCGCGAAGAAGACGCCCGCCACGUCUCCGCCGGCGACGCGUUUGGCCGCGAAGAUCAAGUCGGCCCUGGCUACUCGUUCCCUGCCGACUGGUGGUCCCUUGGCGUCGCCAUCUUCGAGAUGCUUUACAACACUGUGCCCUUCGGCUACCACGACUACGACAACGAACGGUCGCGGCCGAUCUGCGAGUUGGCGAAGCGAAGCCCCUCGAGCGUCCUCUUUCCGCGGGAUCGACGGGUGCCUGACCAGGCGAAGGACUUGAUUUUGAGGCUCCUGCAAGCCGAUCCGGACGUGCGUUUGGGCCGCAAUGGCGCAGAAGAAGUGAAGCGGCAUCCGUUCUUCUCGACGAUCAAUUGGCAACUUCUCGACCGCAUUCGGCAGGCCCCGACCGUCCCGCCGGAGCUGCGGCACUUCGUCCCCGAAAUCGAAAAAGGCCUCGGCCUCACGCACUUCAUCGAAGGAAAAAAGGAAACGCCGAAAUCGGAGGGAGAUCCGUUCGCGGACUUCUGA